CGGGGGCUGGGCACGCCAGCAUGCCAGCCCAGCAGAAGAGAAUUCUCUUCUGCACAGCCGGGGUGCUGAGCUUUGCCUGCGCGCUGGGGACGGCGGCGGCCAUCGGUACCCAGCUGUGGGUGACGGGGACCGUGCUGUGCCAGACCGGGGCCCUGCUCGUCAACGCCACCGGGCAGGAGCUGCACAAGUUCAUCGGCCAGAUCCAGUACGGGCUUUUCCACGGCGAGCGUGUGAGGCAGUGCGGGCUCGGGGGGAGACCUUUCCAGUUCUCAUUUUUUCCAGAUUUGCUCAGAACUAUCCCUGCAAGUAUCCACGUUAGUGUCAUUCUCUUCUGUACAGUACUGGUGGUCUUUGCUCUGCUGGGAGCAGGUUUCUUCAUGCUCAACGCCUUUGGCAGCCCAUAUGAAACCCUGCAUGGCCCCGUGGGCUUGUACCUCUGGAGCUUCAUUGCCUGUUGCUGUGGCUGCCUCAUCAUGAUUCUCUUCUCUUCAGAAGUUAAAAUCCAUCACCUUUCAGAGAAAAUCGCUAAUUUCAAAGAGGGAAGUUUCAUAUUCAAGACUCACAGUGAACAGUUUGCAAAUUCAUUCUGGGUCAUCCUGGUUUGCUCCCUGGUGCAGUUCCUGAACGCCUUGUUGAUACGAUUUGCUGGGUUUGAAUUUCCCUUUUCAAAACCAAAACAUUCAGGGACAACCACUGGAGCUGCUGAUCUGAUGUACUAGAAGUACAUCAUUUAAGGACAUUUAAAGCAGAGAGGCCCAUCACUACUACAUUCAACAGCUAGCAGGUGUACUAACUUGUGAUUAGUUCAAAAGAAGUUUUAAAAAGUGGAGAUUUAAAAUACACUUCAAUAUGACACAUGCAGUAAACAGAAGACAUGCUGUUUGAUCUAGAUUAAAAUACUCUCUCAGGGUAAGACCUUAUGAAAACAUUUGCUUUUUUUCCCCAGUGAGUUAUUUGAGAAGUAGCUGGUAUGAAGAACACUAGGAAUAUCAAUAGCAUUGAACUGGGUCUGGAAAGCAAAAUCAGCGCAUAGCACUAGGUGCCCACACUACUACCAGCAGCAGCUUUGCCUUUAGCCCUCAGGAAGAGAGCGAUGCCAUCGUUACCACACCAGGGCAGUGCAGAACAAGAGCCCCAGCAAAUCUACAGACACUGCCCAGGAGAAGGGAAAGGCAGGGAAAGGUGUGGGCUUUGCUCUCACAGGCAGCAGGGAAGCACUGGGCUGGGGAGGAGCGCAGCACUGCAGCACCCCAGACCAUCCCCAGCAUCAUAUGCCUGGCAAGGCCCUUGCUUCCCUCCAUAAAGCUCUCCUGGGGGUUUUGCAGCUUAACAAACCCAAGUGUAGCCAACCCUCCGGCCCUGAAGUCUCCUAAUCCCUCAUUUCCUUGUGCAACGGCUCUAGCCAGGAGCUUUGUGACCUCAGUUAAAAGGACACACAGAGCAAAGCACGAUGUGCAGCCUGGCCUCUGCAGCACACCAAGGCAAAGAGCACAUCCCAGAGCAAACCAGGACUGCAAGCCAGACACCUUCCACAUCACCUCCUCCCAAAGCCUCAUGGUCAGAGGCAUGAAGAACCCUGCCCAGAAAACAGCCCCACAAACUCUAUCAUCAGAAAAUACAAAUAAACAAAAUCAAAACCUUUGGCA